AUGUCCUCAAAUAAAUCACUGAAACCAAUAAGGCAAGAUUAUAUUGCCAAAGUGCGUUAUACUAAUAAUCUUCCCCCACCACCCUUAAAUCCAAAAUUCAUUGAAUAUAAUACUACUGAUCCCAUUUCAACUCAACAAGAAGGAGAAUAUUUAAUAUCAUCAUUAUUUCGUAAAGAAAAUUUCCAAAAUCUAAUGGAAAGAAUUGAUGAUCAAUUAGGAUUAGAUUUAAACUUAAUUAAUAAUCGAGGGUUUUUAUCGGAAGAUAAAAUGAAUGAAAGUGUUGGUAAAUUAAAAUAUAAUCAAUUACAUCCUAAUGAUCGUGCAUUAUUAAGAGAUGCAGGAAUUGGGAAAAUUCUGAAAAAUGAACCUGAAGUUUCAUUUUUAAGAAGAACAGAAUAUAUAUCUGAUCGACCAUUAUCAAAAGGAGGGAAUAAUUUAAAUACUGCUACUGAAGAAAUUAAAGUGAAAGAAAAAUUAUCAAAAGAUGAACAUUUUGAUGCUGAUUCUCAAUUACAAAAUGUUGAAGAAAGUUUUACUGUUGCUAAUGAAUCAUUAUAUGAUUUAAAAAAUAUUAAACACCCGAAAAAGAAACAUUUACGAGCAGUAAAUACUUGGCCUUUAUUACCUGAUACAUCAAUGUUAGAUAAUGUAUUUUUAAAUUUAAGAUUUAUGGGUAGUGCUUCAAUAAAUCGUGAAUUGAAUAAUUUAAAACAACAACAACAACAACAACAACAACAAAAUGAUAAAAAAUUUGAUGAAAAAUUAUUUGAUCGGGCAUUAGAAUCAUCACUUUUCAAACCAAUUAAACUGGAAGGAGGUGAAUGGAUUUCCAUGUAUCUGCUUGAUGCAACCAACACUUCCACUACUGCUAACGAUAACGACAAUGAAGAACAAAUCAAUGACUUAUAUGAAAAAUUACAUUCAACAAAAAAGGAACAACCAAUAAAUUUAUUAGAUGAAGAUGAAGAAAGUUUAGAAACUUAUAAAUUCAAAUAUACUAAAAAUUAUGAUAUGACUUAUCAACCAUUUGAACAUGAAAAUGAAGAAUUGGCCAUUAAAUUUGUAUCUGAUGAAAUUGAAGAUCCAGUGUCCAAGGACAACUUUAAGAGGAAAAGAAAAAUGGCAUAUUAUUAUCCAAUUAAUGGUAAAAUUGAAUUGAAAAAACAUCGUGCUUCUACAAAUUCAGAAAUCAAUAAAUUUAUAAAAGAAAGAACUUAUGAUGGGAUAAAUUUUAUAUUGAGAGAACCUUCAACUAAUGAAUUGAAAAGACUGGAUACUAUAAGGUCUGAAUAUGAUCCUAUGGAAUAUGAAGGAGAAGAUGAAGAAGAAGAAGAAGAAGAGGAAGAGGAGGAACAACAAGAAGAAGAACAACAACAACAAGAAGUUGAGACUAAAGAAGAAUAG